CCCCGUUCCAGGUGACGUCACUCCAAAUCGUAUGACGUCACCCUCCCUGAAGCCGGUGACGUCAGUAGUGAGGGAGUGCUGCACUGUCGGAGGGUCAGUACUGAGGGAGUACCGCACUGUCGGAGGGUCAGUACUGAGGAAUUGCUGCACUGUCUGAGGGACGAACUCGCUAUCCACGCGACCCGGACCUCCCCACCCUCCGAGAACCCCGGUGACCAUGACGAAGCUGGCGGAGUGGCUCCUGGGACUGGCGCUGCUGGGCGGGGGCUGGGCGGCGCUGACCUUCGACCCGCUGGGGCCGAGCCUGCCCGAGGCCGGCCGCCAGCUGCUGUGGGCCCUGCCCGCCUACCUGCUGGUGGCGUUCGGCUGCUACUCGCUGGCCACGGUCGGCUACCGUCUCGCCACCUUCAACGACUGCCAGGCUGCGUCGGAGGAGCUCCAGGCACAGAUCCGGGAGGCACAUGGGGACCUGGCCAGACGAGGCUUCCGGUUCUGAGAGGGCCGGGGUCGAGGGCG